GCUCUCGAGGAAGGGUGCCGGCUCUCAUCGUUCAGUUCAUAGAGCCGGCUCUUUGUACCGGCUCGUUCGCGACCGACACAUCACGAUCAUUUUCCACGCCCGCUUUUACACGACACAAGCGUUGAAGCUCUGUGUCAUUUUUCCCCACCGCUACCUGUGAAACGCACUUUUCUUCGAAAUCCACUGUCGACAUAACAGUUUUCUGGAAAUGAUCUCCGAGCUGUCCAACCCCUCUGUGUGUAUGAGGGACCCGCAGAGAGUCCAAGAGAUCCUCCAAUGCAUGCUGAAAGCGGGUUCAAACACGUUACAGGUCAUCUCAGACUUUGACAUGACUCUCACGAGAUUUGCGUUUAAUGGUAAAAGAUGUCCCACUUGUCACAAUAUUCUCGACAACAGCAAGCUAAUCUCUCAAGAAUGCAAGGGAAAGUUGAAAGAUCUGUUGAACACUUACUACCCCAUUGAGAUCGACUCGUCGCGCUCCAUCGCUGAGAAGCUGCCGCUCAUGGUGGAGUGGUGGACCAAAGCGCACGAGCUGCUGGUGCAGCAGAAGAUCAGGAAGGACCUGCUGGCCACGGUGGUGCGAGAGUCUGACGCCAAGCUCAGGGAGGGCUACCAGCUGUUCUUUUCACACCUGCACCAGCACAGCAUCCCUCUGCUCAUCUUCUCGGCUGGCAUCGGAGACAUCCUGGAGGAGGUCAUCCACCAGGCAGGAGUCUUCCACCCCAACGUCAAGGUCUUCUCCAACUACAUGGACUUUGACCAGGCCGGGGUGUUGAGGGCCUUCAAGGGCGAGCUGAUCCACAUCUACAAUAAACGGGAGGGCGCCCUGCUCAACACGGGACACUUCCAGGAGCUGCGAGCCCGACCCAACGUGCUCCUGCUGGGAGACUCUCUGGGCGACCUGACCAUGGCCGACGGCGUGCAUGACAUGGAGAACGUCCUCAAGAUUGGCUUCCUCAUUGACAAGGUGGAGGAGAGGAAGCAGUCGUACUUGGAUUCUUACGACAUUGUGCUGGUGAAGGACGAGACCCUGGAUGUGGCCAACGCCGUGCUGCUCUACCUCACGGGAAACAAGUAACCCGCUUUUGAUUGCGGGAGACACCGGACACUCCCAAUGGACUCUCCCUGUUGUUUUCACUUCAGUCCUCCUGUUUGCAUUAUACUUUCCGUUUGUUGACACGGGAUACAUACGCGCUUGAGCAUGGUGCCACGUGCAGAACAUGUCGCUUUUUAAAGAUGCCUCUUCUAUUCUUUUCCAUGUAAGUCAGUCCUUACAUGAAUGUGAUGUCAUUUUGUCACCUAUGUUUAAAAGGACACUUGGAGAAAA